AUGGCGAUUGAAGACGUGAUUGUGGCUAUUGCCAUGGAGGCAGAGGCCAAGCCUUUCAUCGAUCAUCUUGGCUUGAAGAAAGAUGAGAGUUUCUUCCCGCCCCACACUCCCUUUGUGGCAUUUACUGGCACUCAUAACCAGUGCAAAGUCACCGUGGUUUUCAAUGGAAAAGACACCGUAUACAACACUGGCGUAGACAAUGUCGGAACUGUUCCUGCAAGCAUUGCUACAUUUCUGGCGCUGAACAAAAUGACCAGUGAAGCUCCCGACAAGGAACAUUUACUCAUCAACGCUGGCACUUGCGGUGGCUUCAAACGCAAGGGAGCCGAAAUUGGAGACGUCUUCUUGACGACGGCAGUCGCCAAUCAUGAUCGUAGAAUCCCAAUUCCAGAUUUUGUGCCCUUGGGCAUUGGAAAAUUAGAAACUGUCAAUGCCACCAAAAUGGCAGAAGCUUUCAGCUACAAGACGGGAGUAUGCACAACAGGCAAUUCACUCGACAAAACAGAAAAGGACGAUGAACUCAUGCUGGCCAAUGAUGCAUCCGUAAAGGACAUGGAAGCCGCCGCUAUUGCUUGGAGUUGCAAACUUCACAACGUUCCCUUUUUGGGUGUCAAAGUCGUCACGGACAUUGUCGAUGGUGGUGUUCCAACACAAGACGAAUUCUUGGAAAACCUGCAAUCCGCUUCCAAAAGUCUUCAAGGGGCCCUACCCAAAGUCUUGGAUUAUGUUUGUGGAAAAACUCAUUCAGAGUUGUAG